AUGCCUUCUUCGGUGCGAUCAACCUGCUCUUCUUCGACGGACCGCCGCCGUCUGUCUCAGUCGCUGAAUCGAGUGGCCGUGCUGGGUCACUUGUCGGGCAUUGACGCCGCGGCCUUGCCCCCGUACCGCACCGACUCGCCCAUGACGGUCAUGCAAGAUCGGCUGCGCAGCCUGUACGGCGCCCCGAGCAUCGAGAGCCUCAACUCGGUCGACGCCGUCGUCACCCAGAUGGCCCGUCCCCACCGCGGCCCCGGCACGGAUGAUGCGCCACCGCCGCUGACGGGUCCCGAGUCCGGUCGGCGUGGGCAAGCGUGCCGGCGCAACUCGCUCGCCCUGAGCGAGUCGGCACCAUCGCAGCGCAGUACCGGGUCGCGGACCACGACUACUAGCCGAUCACGCGCUCGGAAAGAGACUCUCUCGCGCCAGAAUACCGACCAGCAGCAGCAGCCGACCGUCGUAUCAAGGCCGCCAUUAUCACACCCAGAGCUCAUGGUGCCGUCGCACGUACGAGCUCGCAGCGAGGCGGCUGUCCGCAUGGGCAGCACGGCGCGCAAGCGGCAGAGCAUGGCGAUGAAGGGUGGACAAGGCAGACAGAGUCUUGCGGUUGCUCAACCCGACUGGGUCGCGCAGACGUUUCAGGGAUCUCGGUUUGCGCCGAACAAAUCCUCAUCGUCGACGACGGGACAGCCACAGUGGCAGCCGGAGCCCUCCUCGGCUCGCCCCGAGCGUCGCAGUGUGAGUUACAAUUACAACAGCAGCAGCAGCCGGAGGUCAUCGACGGCCACCAUUGUGCCCGAGAGCUGUGCGCCUGUUGUUCCAACCACAAUGUCCAUUGUGCAGAACGCGCGGAGGAGAAGUAGAGCAUCGCAGUCUUUUGUGUCUGGUGAUGAGGACGAUAUACACAGUGUAUACUCGGCUCGGUCCGCCGCCACGACCUCGUACGCACCGCGCAAUUUCAGCCGGCCCAUGGAGCAGAAGCAGCAAAAGCAGUACAUUGUGAGAGAGCAGGGCGUAGACUUUGAGAUGCUCAACCCUCGAUCCAGUGCCAGGACGUUGACAGAGUCGUCGGCCAGGGCCAGCAGCUUCAGGGCUCUGUCCGUGGUGAUUCCGCCGUCGCAGAGUUCGGCGAGCAGCUUCAGCGUCCGGUCUGUGACGCGGAGCACGACUCCCCCGCCACCCUUCGAGAUUACUCCGUCGCCUGCCCGAACGACGAGCUCAUCGUCUAGAGAGUCCACGGCAUCUUCUGAAGCCUGCACAAGGACCUCGACAAUGAGCUCGGCUACCACGGUCUCCUCUCGCUCGCCUAGUCCGGCGCAUGAUACAUACAAUCCGUUGCAUGAAAAGUCCGCCGUCUCGGCAUGUGUUGCGCAGUCCUCGAAUGGCUACCAGCACAGGCAUGACAACACUGUGCGGCAACAUCCCUCUAGCCUAGAGCCCCGAGACGUCAAGACUUUGAGGGGGCCGAGACUGAGUAUUGUGCCGCCAGUGACGAACACAUCCUUUGCUACCAGAGCCGCGGUGGACGGUACGCAUCAUCAUCAUGAGAGGGCACCAACCAGAAUGAACAGAACACUACCACAUGCUCAUCCCGACCCUCUUUCCUAUCACCCCGUUGAGCUUGCAAGCGCCAGACGGGAAAAGCAGCCCGAGAGUAGUAGAGAGCAGCAACGUCCACGGGAGACCAUGCUCCUAACCGACUACUACCGCGGCGCCGUGCACGCCGAGUCGCCUCCCACUUUUGACAACAGCCUACAGAGAAGCGACUCCUUGUUCCUAGGGCCCAAGGCCUCCUCGCGCAUCAUGCCUGAGCAACACGAAUUCUUCCCGUCGUGGACACAGCACCAGCAGGCCCAGAGCAAGAUCAAGUCGGCAAACGGCGUCGGCAUCCAGCCGUACCGCAAGCUGGAAGGUCUGGGUCCGGUUCAUGCAGCGCCGCCACCGCCGCGCGCCGACGAUCGUCGGAUGCUGCCCAGCCAAAAGCGAGUCGUCUCGCCUCCAUCCCAUUCGUUGCAGCGCGUGGCCAUGACUAAUGCCCAGGUGGUUCGUGGCCCGCCGCGGGCGGGUAUGAUGUCGGCGGCUGUCCGACCGACGAGUAGUAGGUCUCUUAGAAAGACGACGGCUAUUGAUUUUACCAAGGUUAGGGCAGGGAGUGAUAACUAA